UGCAGCGGUCGCCUGUCACGUGAUCAGACUGUGAUCGGCUUGUUUUCGGAUCAGCUGCUGAAAACCAGCGAACAGGAGGAAAACACGAGUUUCACUUCAUCUCGGGGAGAAAAGUUCAUCAUCAGCUGCUCCGACAGAGGGACAUGUUUCAGUAGGACCUUUAUUCUGACGCAUCACAAUAAUGUCGGGGAACAGCCUGGUUCUACCCAUAGUGCUCUGGGGCCGCACGGCGCCCACCCACUGCAUCAGCAGCCUGCUGGUGAUGGAUGACUUCAGCACCAUCAUCACCGGCUGCCAUGACGGACAGAUCUGCCUGUGGGACAUGACACCUGAGCUGGAGAUUUGUCCCAGAGCCAUGUUGUUUGGACACACGGCUUCUAUCACCUGUCUUUCUAAAGCCAGCACGUGCAGUGACAAGCAGUAUAUUGUCAGUGCUUCAGAGAAUGGGGAGAUGUGUUUAUGGGAUGUGAACGAUGGACGCUGUAUUGAGUUCACUAAGCUCGCCUGCGCUCACACUGGCAUACAAUUCUAUCAGUUCACCAUCGGCACGCAAAGGGAGGGACGUCUGCUUUGCAACGGCCAUUACCCAGAAAUCCUUGUGGUGGACGCCACCAGCCUGGAGGUCCUGUACUCGCUGGUGUCUAAGAUCUCCCCCGACUGGAUCAGCUCCAUGAGCAUCAUCCGAUCUCACCGCACACAAGAGGACACAGUGGUGGCGGUGUCAGUCACUGGGAUUCUGAAGGUCUGGAUCAUCACAGCUGAGGUCAGCAGGAUGCAGGACCUGGACCCGGUGUUUGAAGAAGAAUCUAAACCCAUCUACUGUCAGGGCUGUCAGAGUAUUUCCUUCUGCACCUUCACGCAGAGCAGCCUGCUGGUCGUCUGCUCCAAGUACUGGAGGGUGUUUGAUGCAGGUGACUACUCGCUGCUCUGCUCGGUGCCCAGUGACAGCGACCAGGCCUGGACCGGGGGAGAAUUCAUCGCUGCAGACAAAGUCAUCAUCUGGACCGAAGACGGCUGCAGCUACAUCUACAAGCUGCCCGCCAGUUGUCUGCCUGCGAGCGAACACUUCCGCAGUGAUGUUGGUAAAACUAAAGAAGGCUCCAUCCCUCCUCUGGUCUACAGCAUCGCCAGCCGCUCCGACAAACAGCUUUUGAUCUGUCCUCCCGUGACUCGGUUCUUCUUCGGCCGGCGGGAGCCCUUCCACAAGCUGCUGAUCCAGGGGGACUCGGCCGGCAGACUGUCCAUGUGGAGCAUCCCGGAGACCUCGCCCCUGCAGCCGCUGUCCACCGCCGCUGAGCUGCAGGUGUCGUCCACCGUCAGCCUCCAGGAGGCGUUUGAUAAGUUGACCCCUGUGUCUGCCGGGAUCAUCGACCAGCUCAGUGUCCUGCCCGGCAAAGAAGAACCCAUCAAGGUGACGGCGAGCGUAUACAUCCCCUCUCAGGGCCGCAUGGUGUGCGGCAGAGAAGACGGCAGCAUCAUCCUGGUUCCUGCCACUCAGACCGCGAUCGUUCAGCUGUUGCAGGGGGAGCACAUGCUCCGCAGAGGCUGGCCGCCCCAUCGCACCCUGCGAGGUCACCGGAACAAGGUGACGUGCGUCCUGUAUCCGUACCAGAUCUCCCCCCGCUACGACCAGCGCUCUCUGGUCUCCGGAGGCGUGGACUUCUCCGUCAUCGUCUGGGACAUUUUCACCGGGGAGAUGAAACACAUCUUCUGUGUCCACGGGGGAGAAAUCACGCAGCUCAUCAUCCCUCCUGAAAACUGCAGCACCCGCGUGCAGCACUGCGUCUGCUCGGUGGCCAGCGACCACUCCGUCGGCCUGCUGAGUCUCAGGGAGAGGAAAUGCAUCAUGCUGGCGUCGCGACACCUCUUCCCCAUACAGGUCAUCAAGUGGCGCCCGGCAGACGACUACCUGGUGGUGGGAUGCUCCGACGGCUCCGUCUACGUCUGGCAGAUGGACACAGGAGCCUUGGACCGGUGUGUGAUGGGAAUAACGGCGGUGGAGAUCCUGAACGCCUGUGACGAGCUGGCGCCGGCCACCGUGGACGCUCUGAGCCACUCGGCGGUGAACCUGAAGCAGGCGAUGACUCGCCGCAGCCUGGCAGCGCUGAAGAACAUGGCCCAGCACAAGCUGCAGACGCUCGCCACCAACCUGCUGGCUGCAGACAACGCCGACAAGGGCAACCUGCCGAAGUACUCCCAUAAUGCCCUGGUGGUCCAGGCGAUGAAGACCAACCUGACGGACCCUGACAUGCACGUGCUGUUCUUCGACGUGGAGGCGGUGAUCAUCCAGCUGCUGACGGAGGAAGCCCAGAGACCGAGCCCCACGCUGGUGUCUCCGGAGACGCUGCAGAAGAGCCAGGCCGGGGCCGACAAAGGGGGGUCCUUCCUCGCCAACAAGAUCUUCAAACAGGUGAAAGAGACGAUGAAGGAGACCAUAAAGGAGCACCUGCUGGACGAAGACGAGGAGGAGGAGGAGGAGAUGAGGCGGCGCGAGGAGAAGUCCAAGUCUCUGAGUCUGCUGGAGUACAACCUGACCAUGGACACGGCCAAGCUCUUCAUGUCCUGCCUUCACGCCUGGGGCCUGAACGAGCAGCUGGACGGCAUCUGUCUGGAGCGGCUGGGCAUGCUCCGACCGCACUGCCCCAUCUCCUUCGGCCUGAUCUCCAGAGGAGGUCACAUGUCCCUCAUGCUGCCCACCUUCAAGGAGUCUUUGCUGUAUCAGUUGUCCCUGGCGACGGGUCGGAAGCUGACUCUGUCCGACAUCGUGGGGAAGGGGACGUACGGCGUCUCCAGGGCCGUCACCACGCAGCACCUCCUGUCCAUCAUUUCUCUGGCCAACACUCUGAUGAGCAUGACCAACGCCACCUUCGUCGGCGAGCACAUGAAGAAAGCACCGGCCAGGCCUCCUAGACCAGGAGGAACCCCGGAGUCUCCUCGCAGGACGCCGGCCGUCCCCCCCCAGCCCUCCUGCCCGGCGCUACAGGCCCAGAUCAAACAAGCUGCUGUAGCUGCCAACACCGGCACUGCUGGGGCUCCGGGGGCCCCUGGGGGCCGUCCCCAUGGGGCCCCUGGCUCCCCCAGCCCCGGCCCUGACUCUCAUAACAUCCCCUCAGUCAACGAAGGGUGGAGUCAGCUGGCUGCCAUGCACUGUGUGAUGCUCCCUGACCUCCUCGGCCUGGACAAGUUCAGACCUCCUCUGCUGGAGAUGUUGGCGAGGAGAUGGCAGGACCGUUGUCUGGAGGUACGAGAAGCAGCGCAAGCUCUCCUAUUGGCUGAGUUGAGGAGGAUCGGCCAAUCAGGACGCAAGGACACCAUCGACCUGUGGGCGCCGUACCUCCCUCAGUACGUGGACACCGUCAGCUCCCCUGGAUCGACCACGGAGCCCUCCUCGCCGGCCCCGCCCCCUCCUGAGCCUCAGCCAGUAGAAACCAUGGCUCCCGAGGAGCAAAUGGACGUCACUGAUGAUGACAUCACAGCAGGUUGUCUCUCCAACCUUCCACCAAAUGCCAAGAAGAUCUCCAACUCGUAUGAGGAGCGCCGUAAGCAGGCCACCGCCAUCGUGCUGCUCGGGGUCAUCGGGGCCGAGUUUGGCGCCGAGAUCGAGCCUCCCAAGGGUUCGGUGCGGGCUCGGACCGGCGGACAGGCGCCCGAGGGCUUCGGCCUGACGAGCGGAGGAUCGUCCAACUACUCGCUGGCCAGACACACUUGUAAGGCUCUGACCUUCCUGCUGCUGCAGCCCCCCAGCCCCAAGCUGCCCGCCCACAGCACCAUCCGCCGCACCGCCAUCGACCUGAUUGGCCGAGGCUUCACUGUGUGGGAGCCGUACAUGGACGUGUCAGCGGUGCUCAUGGGACUUCUGGAGCUCUGUGCCGACGCAGAGAAGCAGCUGGCCAACAUCACGAUGGGUUUGCCUCUCAACCAGCCGGCGGAUUCUGCUCGCUCUUCUCGCCACGCCCUCUCUCUCAUCGCCACGGCCCGCCCGCCCGCCUUCAUCACCACUAUAGCACGAGAGGUCCAUCGGUACAACGCAGCGCAGGCCAACUCUCAGUCGCAGCAGAACGUUCACACCACCACUCUGGCCCGAGCCAAGACCGAGAUACUGCGAGUCAUCGACAUCCUGAUAGAGAAGAUGCCGGGAGACGUCGUGGAUCUGCUGGUCGAGGUGAUGGACAUCAUCAUGUACUGUAUCGAAGGUUCUCUGGUGAAGAAGAAAGGUCUGCAGGAGUGUUUCCCUGCGAUAUGCAAGUUCUACAUGGUCGGUUACUGCGACCGCAGCCACCGCAUCGCUGUGGGAGCUCGACAGGGCUCAGUGGCGCUCUACGAUGUUCGUACGGGAAAAUGUCAGAACAUCCACGGUCAUAAGGGUCCGAUCACAUCGGUGUCGUUCGCCCCUGACGGCCGUUACCUAGCAACCUACUCUAACACCGACAGCCACAUCUCCUUCUGGCAGAUGAACACCAGUCUGCUGGGGAGCAUCGGGAUGCUGAACUCGGCCCCUCAGCUCCGCUGCAUUAAGACCUACCAGGUUCCUCCGGUGCAGCCGGCGUCCCCGGGCUCCCAGAACCACCUGAAGCUCGCCCGCCUCAUCUGGACGUCCAACCGCAACGUGAUCCUGAUGGCCCAUGACGGGAAGGAGCACCGCUUCAUGGUCUGAGCCGCGUCUGCAGCCGAGCUCCGGUCUCGUGUCCGACUCCUUUUACCUUAGUUUUCUUUUCUGAGGCAGAAACUGAAAAGAUUCUCUCGUGGUCAAUUUCAUUUUAGCCCCAAAAUGUUAAGAGUGUAAAAUGAAGCUGAGGAAGUUUUCACAUCUUCAUUCAAAGUUCAUCAGACGAGGAAACGACUCAGCUUCAGGACUUGAUGACUUUUUCUUCCCAUUAAAUUAUUUUGUAUUUAAAGUUCCUGAUUGAAGCCACGUUUACAUUUUAAACUGAAUUCAUGUGUUUUGAGUCGUUUACAUCUUCUCCUCAUUCCUGUUCAUUCACCUCAAACAUCUCGAGUCCCGACCGCUGCUCUUUGACGUCAAAGCCUUUUGGCUUCUCAUCGAAAUUAAGUUUAAAGUUCAUAAAGAGAAUCUUCUUUUCAAAUGUCUGAACUUCAGGUAUUUCUGGAUUUAUUUUUGCAGAAACGAGUUCUGGAACAUUUAGAGCAUGGAUUCAGAAUUUUCAUCACAGGUCGUCAAGAACGAUUUUGUUUUAUUUAACUUUUAACUGAUGAGAAUCGAUCAGAAGGUGAAACUUGAUUUGUUCGUCUGAACUCGUCGACUUCAGGCUCCUCCCACUUCCUCAGUCUCACUCUUUUCAUUCCGUUUCUGUUCGACCACAUUUUGGUCCAAAAUCUUUUCCUCCUCACUUUAUUUCUCGUGAUGUAAAAAACGUUCCUGAAGCUUUUUAAUUUUGAAGGAAAACAGCAGCUGAUUAUUCAGUUUUCUUGUGGAUUGUUUGUUUCUUUGUGGCCGACGUGAAAACUGCUCCUCGCUUCACAGCUGGUUUCUCACUCUGACCUUCAGGAGGCCACCUCCAGAUAUGAUAGUGUACAUAUACAUUAUAAAUAUAUAUCAUCAGAACUGCUGUGUAACGUAGGCUGGUGUUAAUCUUGUACAGUGAGCGUAAAUCCAGUUGUGUGUAUUUAUUGUUGCUAACGUGACGUCUGCCUGGCGCUGAACUCUGAUGACGUCUCAUCUCAGUCCAUCUGAAACGUUUCCAGUUGUUUUAAUAGUUACUUGUAAAAUAAGAUUUAACUUAUCGAUUGAAGUCUUCUUAUGAUAUGAAUAAUUCCUCAACAGAUAGAAAAGCAGGAGAAAAUUCCAUAAUGAAAGAAAACCAACUCUUCUCUGAUUAACAGCCGUGGGUGCAACCAGGCUUUAUCUCUUUAGCUUGGAGCUAACACACUCAUUACUUCUGAUGAGGAAUGCUAACCGCUACAUCGGCGUUAUGUAUGAAGAGAAACCUUCUUUAGGGUGCGUCUGUAAACCAGGACGUCGUGUUAACAGGACACGUUUUUAAUUUAACGUCUGAUUGUGUAACUGUCAGUCAGGAGCUUCUUGCUUUGAAACAUUUUAUCCCUCAGAGUUUAAUGCAGAAAUAUGGGAGAAUAUAGAAGGAUAUGUAUAAAGUUAUUUACUGCUCACGUGUGUUGGACACACUUCACCGGCCUCACGUCUCCUCCACUCGUCGUCCUUCCUGUUGCUCCUGUCGGUUUCAUUAGUGCCGUCAGAAAGCUUCUCACACGUCACACACCUGGAAACUGCAGCGUGUCAAAGCUUUUCACAACUUCUCCUCAGAAACACAUCCGCACACACACACACACAGACACACACACACACACAGACACACACGCACACGUCAAGUCCUCUUUGAGAUCUUGAUUCCACGUUUCUCUCCGCCGCUCUUAACAGUUUGGGAAAAAUCUGUUUUUGGCAGCGUCUCGGGGGGGUAAAGGUGAGAAGAGUAGAGCAGGCCGAGGAAGAGCUGGAGAGUAAAUAACAAGUGAGGAAGAUCAGCUCAUCCAGCCAGAAAAACAAGGUUCUCUGGUGAAGGUAGUGAAGCGAAAUGUCCUAGAACCUCCAUGAGAAACCCGACGUCACCGGACACGUCUCUAAACCUGCAGCUUUUUGAUUCUUCACAUAAAAAAACGGAUCAUAACAGGAGAAUAAAUCUCACAGAUCAUUUCUAUGGUUUCCUUCCUUUCUCCUCUUGUUUUAUUGUGAAGCAGCUUCUUUUCCUCACGUGUGAAAAAUCAAAUCAUUUCCAGCUGAUUAUUUACUUAAAAAAACUUCUGUUCAUUUCUCAAUUUCACACUAAAUGUUUCAGAAUUGCUCUAAUUUUGUUUUUGAUGUGAUUAAAUAUUUAUUGUUCAGGAGUAAAAGUAGUGUAGAUAUUUGUGUGCGUGUCUGCCUGUGUGUGUGUGUCUGUGUGUGUGUGUGUGUGUCUGUGUGUUGCAUGUCUACAGGAUCUCCUCAGUGUAACAGUGCAGGUUGAAUCUAUUGUGCAUCAUAUUAACAACGUGUGUUGCUGUUGUUGACUUUGUGUCCAUUAAAGAUGAAAACGUC